CAUGUGUCUUGGCUCACGCGGCAUUGCUAUGGUAACAGUAAACAGCCUUGAACUGAAGCUUUUCCUUUUGGGGUUGUUCCCUCUUAUCUGUUCAUUAAACUCAAGUUUAUCAUGACAGACGUUGGUUCUGAAGAGUUUGACGACGAGCAAGGCUCUCUGGGGGAGUAUGAGGGAGACAGAAAUGAAGCUGGAGAGAGACACGGACAGGGCAAAGCUGUCCUGCCUAAUGGAGACACUUACCAAGGAGCAUAUGAAAACGGCAAGAGAUAUGGCCAGGGGACAUAUAAGUUCAAGAAUGGGGCCAGAUACAUUGGAGAAUGGUACAUGAAUUUAAAACAUGGACAAGGCAUAUUUUAUUACCCAGAUGGCUCCAAAUAUGAAGGAAGCUGGGUGGAUGACCAGAGGCAGGGUCAUGGUUUUUACACAUACCCCAACGGAGACACAUAUGAUGGUGAAUGGCUGCAACAUCAAAGACAUGGGCAGGGUACAUACACACAUCAUGACUCAGGUUCUCAGUACAUGGGCAGAUGGAUCAUGGGUAAAAUGGAGUCAGCCGGGGAGCUCAUCCAUCUGAACCACAGAUAUAAGGGCAACUUUGUCAAUAAUAAUCCCUCUGGUCCAGGGAAGUAUGUGUUUGACAUUGGGUGCGAGCAGCAUGGAGAGUACCUCCAGAAAGAUCAGCAGGACAAAGGAGAUGCAGAGGAAGAUGAACCUGCCUUAACCACCGCCUUGAAGUGGAAACCCAAGGCACUUACUGGGUUUUCUGUUUGGGCUAAUGAGAAUUCUGCCCCGUCAGGUACAUCCGCAUCCAGUUCUAAAUAUAAAACAUCAUAACACAGUAAAGCCCCAUUCACACCAAGCUGUGGAUAUUUGAAAUCACCAAAACAAACACGCCCCUACCCCAAAGGAUCACACCCCUAUCUUGAUAGCUCCGCCCCCAAAUGCAUGAACACUAUGCAACACAGGCACCUCCCCCUUUAUGAGUGGACACACCCCUUACUGCUGAUUGGCUACAAGUGUGCUUUGGUGCUCGGUCCGAUUCACUUUCAAUAGUGUUUCUCAGAAAUCGUUUACUGCACCUUUAAGUGACUUUGAACAUAGCAUGGUUGUUGGUGCCAGACGAACUGGUCUGAGUAUUACAGAAAUUGCUGAUCUACUGGGAUUUACACUCACAGGCAUCUCUAGGGUUUACAGAGAAUGGCCCGAAAUAGAGAAAAUAUCCAGUGAGCAGCAGUUCUGUGGGCGAAAAUGCCUUGUUGAUGCCAGAGGUCAGAGGAGAAUAGCUAUUGUUCUGUUUAUUCUAAUCUUUAAACCAGGAUGGAUUCUGAGUAGCUGUCAAUGUUUUUGUCAUUCAUCAUCUGAAAAAGAAUUGUUCUGAAAGUGAUCCCAACUAUAUUUCUCUGUGCCAUUAUCAUUGUAGUUGUGGUGUGGACUGCUAUUCUUUUAUAUUUAGAAUGAUUUUUAGAACUAUAUCUUUAUUGUUAGAGUUAUCGUCCUUGGUGUGAAAGGCCCUCAAUGCUGUAAUGUGUGUCAUUUAUUAGCAUUUGUAGUCACCUUCUCUCAUCUUUAAAUUUUUUUUAAUGUUAUUGACCUAUUAUUAUAUUCAUAAAUAUGUAAAUGUAAGAAAUGAUAGAGUCCAUCCUCAUUUAAAGGAAGUGCAUUAUAAAACAACAUCUAUAUACUGCCAUUUUACCAUUUUA